GGGCGGGCGGACUACAGCUCCCGACGGGCCGCGGGCGGCCCCGCUUCCUGCCGCGGCCGCGGAGCCCAUGGAGCCGACGGAGGGCGCCGAGGAGGAGCGGCUGGUGCAGUGCCCCGUGUGCCUGCGGGAGCUGCCGGGCGCCGACAUCAACCCGCACCUGGACCGCUGCUUGCAGGCCGGCGGGGCCGAGGCCGAGCCUUCCAGCAAGCGGCCGCGCCUCGCCGCCGCCCCGGCGGGCGGCCAGGCCGAGGGGCAGCCGGAAGAGGCCCGCCCGGCCGCCGGGUCCCCCGUCUUCUCCCUCUUCCACAAGGGCCGCGGCGGCGGGCAGAGCCCGGCAGCGGGCGGCGGGAGGAGCGGCGCGGGGCGGGACGAGGCCGCCGAGCAGCCGGGCCAUGGAUGCGCGGCCGCGCUGUGCGGGGACAGCCUGGCGCAGAAGCUGGAGGGGAAGCCCCUGGCCGAGCGGCUGCGGCCGGACACGCUGGGGGACUACGUGGGGCAGGAGCGGGUGCUGGGGGCGCAGACCAUGCUGCGGGCCCUGCUGGAGUCCCACGAAAUCCCCUCCCUCAUCCUCUGGGGGCCGCCGGGCUGCGGGAAGACUACACUGGCACACAUCAUAGCCAACAGCAGCAAAAAGAAUGGCAUGAGGUUUGUGACACUGUCAGCCACAAGUGCAAAGACAAAUGAUGUUCGAGAUGUCAUCAGCCAAGCCCAGAAUGAAAAAAGACUCUUCAAGAGAAAAACUAUCCUCUUUAUUGAUGAGAUCCAUCGUUUCAAUAAAUCUCAGCAGGACACUUUCCUCCCUCACGUCGAGUGUGGGACGGUGACCCUGAUCGGAGCGACCACAGAAAACCCUUCCUUCCAAGUCAACGCCGCUCUCCUGAGCCGGUGCCGGGUGAUCGUCCUGGAGAAGCUCUCGGUUGAGGCGAUGGAGGCAAUUCUGAUGAGGGCCGUCAGGUCCUUAGGGCUCCAGGUUUUGGGCCAGGGCAAGCAGCACGGCACCCCUGCGACUGGCAGCAGCAGCAAGAGCUCGGAAUUCCCAGUGUACAUAGAGGAGAAAGCUCUGAACACGCUUGCCUAUCUUUGCGAUGGGGAUGCCAGGACUGGGCUGAAUGGACUCCAGUUGGCAGUUCAGGCCAGAUUAGCAGCAGGAAGGACCACUCCUUUGAACUCUACCAAAGGGGGUGCUGCAGAUGGCAUUCUGGUAACAGAAGAGCACGUAAAGGAGGGGCUGCAGCGAUCUCACAUCCUGUAUGACCGAGCAGGAGAGGAACAUUACAACUGCAUCUCUGCCCUGCACAAGUCUAUGAGAGGCUCUGAUGCAAACGCCUCCCUUUACUGGCUGGCUCGAAUGCUCGAGGGCGGUGAGGAUCCACUCUACGUGGCAAGGAGGCUGGUGAGGUUUGCAAGUGAAGAUAUAGGACUGGCAGAUCCUCUGGCUUUAACACAAGCAGUUGCUGCUUAUCAAGGCUGUCACUUCAUUGGAAUGCCAGAAUGUGAGGUGAUUCUGGCACAGUGUGUCGUGUACUUUGCCAGAGCCCCGAAGUCUAUAGAGGUGUACAGGGCAUACGGCAACGUCAAGGAAUGCCUGAGGAUGCACACGGGACCACUGCCCCCGGUUCCUCUGCACCUGAGAAACGCCCCAACAAGGCUCAUGAAGAACUUGGGCUAUGGAAAAGGCUACAAAUACAACCCCAUGUACAAGGGACCUGUGGAGCAGGACUAUCUGCCAGAAGAGUUGAAAGGAACAGACUUCUUCAAGGAACGAGAAACGUGACUGCUGUGCUCAGAAUGGGUUUUCAUUUUAUGACUCAAACAUUUCUGCUGGGAUAAAAAUUGCCCUUACAGUGUCAGCCGCUUGUUACUGUGGUUGAAAGGAUUAAGCCACCAAGCCUUCCAGAUACUUUUUUAUCCUCUUGAUUUUAUUGCUCUUUCUUUUUCAGAAGAUAUUUUGUAAAGAAUUGUAGUUAGGCAGUUUGGAAAUGCAAAAAUAAGCUAUAUCCAUAAAAACAAGACUUGUUCCUCUGGCUCUUGCUGUGAGACAAAAAAUAUUACUGUGCUGCUUUGUAAAUCAGUAUCUAUUUCAGAUUUUGAGAACGUUGUUUUCCAGAAACAUAGUAAAUUGCACCCCCUCUGCUAAAAUACUGUACAAAAUAUAAUUGCAGAGUAAUUUUGCUCUUAGCUUGUUUCAGAGACCAAUUUUGUACAACAGUUAUUAAACCAAUAAAGCUGUUACAAAUA